AUGCUUCCAACAAAAUCGAAGUAAUUAAUUUUUAAAAAAAUAAAAAAUAAUCUCUCUUAUGUUGCUGAAGAAAAUUGUUUUUUAAAUAUAUUUCAUAAAACAAAAUAGUGUGUACCUGCUGAAAUCUAAUUGAGAGAUUAAAAUCUCUACAAAAUCUGUAAAAAUAAUGUUAAUGAAGAUCUUUCUAAUUAUUAUGAAAAGUUAAAUGAAGGUAAUAAAGCUCAAGAAACUUACGAAAAUAUAUAAUUCUUUUAAGGAUAAAAUAACUUCCUCGUUGGAAUGGCAAUCACUAAUUUGAAUCAAUUACUAUCGAUAUUUUGCGUAAAUGUUUCAAAUUCCUGA